AUUUUACAUCCGUUAACCAUACACUACUUUUAUCGUUUAUAAAAAAAGUCUAAUAAUCGCAAUACCUAUGUAAUGAAAGUGUGUGUUUGUUUUAAAAACGUUUUUAUUUUCCAUAUGAUACAUUACUAAAACACAAGAGUAGGAAUUAAAUUUUGUAUUUAUACAUAUAUAUGGAUGAAUAAUAGAUAUAACUUGUAUCAAAUACAAAUAUGGCUGAUGUGACUGAUUUCAAUGAAUGGCUAGAGAAAAUCGAGUGUCCGAAAACAUGUACUUCAAUUCUUGUGAUGAACACGCUUCAAAGAGGAGUAUUAGGGCUGUUAUGGGAGGAUUUAUCAAAAACCGUAAGACCUUAUUAUGAAGUGGUAGAGACAAGAAAAAAUAUUUUACAUUACAAAAUUAGGAAAGAACCGAAAGAUCCAUUAAUUCAAAGUGUUAGAAAUGUAAUUCAUUUGAAAGAUGAAAGGGAAAAGCUUAAUGAAAAGAUAAAAAUUGCACAGGAAAAAUGGCAAAAACAAGAGUAUUUAUGUCGACAAAAAGCAAAUUUGUUGGAGAAAAAGAAAGAAGAAAGGCAGAAUUUAGAAAUAAAAAAAGAAAUUUUUAAGAUAAAGAUUAAACAAAUGUCCAUGGAAAUACAAAAUUGUGUAAAAAUGAAAGAUAUUUGUAAGAAUUUAAUGCCACCAACUGUUGAUAACAUAUCACAGCAUACUCUUAUUGAAUGUUUAUCAUUUGUUAGCAAUUAUUCUGGUGGACCUGAAAAAAGAAAAAUUUGGAAUACUAUUUCAGAGUUACUAGGACCAAUAAAAAUACCUGUGCUAUUUAAUGCUAUUCUAGCUCUGAGAACAUAUUAUACUGACUUACUUAUUCAUUUGGAUAUUGAGGAAAAUUGUAUAAAAGCUGAAAAUGUAGCUAAUAUAGAUAGAGGUAUAGCUGAAGUAUGCAGCGAACACAUUAGUAAUGUUGCGAAUCGUCACAUAUAUGCUGGCAGGAUGAAAAGCAAUGAAGAAAUUACUAUGGACUAUGUAGAAAGGAUUGAAGAAAUAAUUGAAGAAUUAAGGCCAGAUUUGACUGAUUGGUUACCAUUGGCAUUAGAAGUAAAAAAACUAGAAAUUUUAAAAAGUGAUCUUGAGAGAGAAUUGGAAAUACAUCGAGAUCAAGUGCUAGAAAAAGAUUUUUGUAUUGAUGACACUUUGACACAGUUAGUGAAUGAAAUAAAAAAUGUCGAUAAUGAAAUGGCUGAAUGCAUUGAAAAAGUACAAAAUGCUUUUGAACAUCUCAAGUUAUCAGGUAUCUCGAUACUGAAGAAAAAAGAAUCCCUUUUAAGUGAAGUGAAAAAAUUUAAGUUAAUACAAACAGGAAUAAAACAUGAAUGGCUCGGCAUUGAUAUCAGUAACGAGUUGGAGAUUUUCAAUGAUAUCAACUUUGAUACUUUGCGAAAAAUAAUGUUGAAGGGAGAAACUGGUGCUUACAAACAUUUACAAACGUGUCUAAAUAGAGCCUCCAUAGUUGUAGAUAUUCGUUGUGGAAUGAGCGUGUCGAACUUCCCAAUGUUGCGAGUCCCUGUUUAUUAUUUAAUAGAUUUUUACAAGACUUAUCUUGCUAAUGUAUCGCUAAGUAAGCGAAUUAGCGAAGGAGCCAUAGAUAUUUUCGACAAUACGCCGGAAUCUCCAGUGGAUCCUCCGACUGUUAUUAGUAAUGUUCCUUACCAAUGUAUUCUUGAAAUGUUAAAGUUAACGCAUGUAAAUUAUCAAAGAACUUUACAACACAGUGAAGAGUUUGAACAGGUCCUUAAAACUUGGACCAAUCAAACCAUGCGCGACAUAGUUUCCAAAAUCUUUAAUGAUAAAACUGUUUAUGGAGCAACAUUGGAAGAGUGGCAGAAACGAUUUUCUUCAACCAUAUACGUCUUACAGCAAUCAAAUAAUCACUUGACGUAACAGUCAGCAU